AACCUGUAACCAUAUCAUUCAUCUAGUAGUGCAAAUGGCGAUGUCUGUGGCUUCAGCUCUGUGUCUCCUGGUCGGACUAGCAUGUUUCACAACUACAAAAUGUUGGCAAGCACCCUGGUUUUGCCAUGAAAAGGACUGCCCCGUGUACACUGUGGUAAACCAAUAUGGGGAAAUCGAAGAACGCAACUACGAAAUGAGCAACUGGAUUACCACUGAUAUUUUAAGCACAAGCAAGGAUGAUGUAGCAACUGGAUUUUGGAAACUCUACUAUUUCAAUCAAGGGCAAAACAGUGAGAAUAAGGAGAUUGCUAUGACCAGGCCUGUGGUGGUUUCAGUAAAGGAUGGUGUGGAGGGGCGACGAGUCUCCAUUUCCAUCUUUCAGCAAGACCCCAACAUCCCCGAUCCAGUCGACACGACCAUCAAAAAAACUGUUGUUCCGGCCGGUACUGUCUACGUCAGGUCAUUUGGUGGGUGGCCAUCUGAUCAAGAUGCCCUAGAUAAUGUGCAGAAGCUAAAGGAGGACCUUAAGGCUGCUGGAAAGCAGUUUAUUGAUGACCAAUUUGAAGCAGCUGGGUACGACACACCAUUUGAGCUGCUCAACAGGCACAAUGAAGUUUGGCUCCAUGCACCCUGAAGCUAAAUAAUUGUUCCUCAUUCCUACAGUAUAUGCUCUUGAAGAUUUCCCUGCAUUAGAACAUAAAAAGUUCACGUAGUAUAAAUAUAGUAUUAAUAUAAUCAUGUUUCAGUAAUAAUCCUUGAUUAAUGUUUCACUUUGUGCAAAUGCAAGCGUUAAAGCACUCUGGGGUUGUUUGGCAGGAUUAUAAACUGGUUUUAGGAAUGUGAGGGCUAUCAUCUUAAAUGUGGUUCACAUAGUUUCACACUGGAAGUUACUAAACUCAAUUCUAAUACUUUUAAAUUAACAGUUCUAACAAUUCUAACAGCUUUGAAAAUUAAACUUUUGCCAUCUUUAA